UGGAAACCCUAUAUUAGAUGAACUACUCUAUUUCACUUCUGAUAUUUAGUAGCCUUUAAAAAAAGGUCAUGCAGACAGCUUCUUUCUUCUGUGGUUUUUGGGCUGUUUGGCAAUAAACUCCCGGCCAUGCCUGAACCCUCUAAAUCCGCUCCGGCCCCGAAGAAGGGCUCCAAGAAGGUGGUGACCAAGGCGCAGACGAAGGACGGCAAGAAGCGCAAGCGCAGCCGCAAGGAGAGCUAUUCUGUGUACGUGUACAAGGUGCUGAAGCAGGUCCACCCGGACACCGGCAUCUCGUCCAAGGCCAUGGGCAUCAUGAAUUCAUUCGUGAACGACAUCUUCGAGUGCAUCGCUGGCGAGGCGUCGCGCCUGGCGCAUUACAAGCGCUCGACCAUCACACCCAGGGAGAUCCAGACGGCCGUGCGCCUGCUGCUGCCCGGGGAGCUGGCCAAACACGCGGUGUCCGAGGGCACCAAGGCCGUCACCAAGUACACCAGCUCCAAGUGAGCCGGCCCGCCACGGAGUGAUCGAACCACAUCCAUCACUUCGCGAUCCUGCUGAAGCCAUCAGUGCAAUUAAACUCAUCAGAGUACUCAGAACAACGUCCACUGGAUUCUUCACUUCUGUCAUCCUGACAGUCCUCCGAUACAUUUUCAUUGGAUCCAAAAUCUUGGUGGAGGAAAAUCCCUGAACACUAUCCUGACUUCUUAAGGUGGAAUGCUUAUCUCCAUAGGCUACAUGAGACUGUAGCUGUUGCUUCCUUCAAACCUAGUGUUAAAUUUUGGCAGUGGCCACACCGUGGAACAUAGACUUCUAAAAGUCACAAACCAUGACUUUGAAUAGUUCUUCAGUUGUAAUUUGAUGGAGGUAAGAAAUACAGAAGAAUAGAUGCCAUUUAUCUGUAUCAUGUGCCGCUGCUCUGUUUCAGACUUCAGUCCAUCCUAUGUAGGAAGGUGAAAGCUUGCAAUAGUCCUUUAAGGCCACUCUUAUUCCAUACCUGUUUUCUAGAUGAACAAACUAAUGCACAGAGAAGGGGAAUAUUUUGUCUAAAUAGCUAGAGGAUCAAUGACAGUCAGUUUUUAAGCCUCAUGGUAGUGGCCAUCACUGUAAAAGUGAUGUAUUUUGUGGUCUUUUGUUAUCAUUCAAUUCUCUCAGAACAAAU